AUGGCACCUUAUCAGUCCUUUGUACCGUUUAGACGGACCAAUUCCUAUAUUCGACUCGUCCGCAUCACAGUCUACGUCCUGAAGUAUGUAGCUAAGCUACGCCGUCUAGUAAGGACGCGCCAUAGAGCUGAUGACUCCGACGAGCAUCCACUAUUCGGCACAAUAGACACAAGUCCCAUUGUAACACCGGGUGACUUCUCAGCUGCUGAGUUGAUCGUUAUCCGCGAGCAUUACCGCGAGGUUCCUCAGCAGUUACACGGCUUUCAUCUGAAGAAACUCCGCACAAGGCAAGAAGGAGACGGUACGAUACGCGUGGACUUACGUAUGGCGAACGCAGAGACGAGCGGGACGGCAAAGAGCCCAAUCCUCAUACUCUCAGGUCAUCCCCUUUGCGCCAUGCUAAUAGCUCACUACCAUCAGAAGCUGUUCCACGCCGGUACUUCCCAUUUGAUCGCAGCCUUACGCGAGAGGUUCUACAUUCCCAGGCUCAAACGUAUGAAGACGGUUCGGCGAGAAACCUUCGACUUAUGGCUUUUUGAGACGCUUAUCCUCGAGAUAGAGGCCGUUCUUAACACGAGACCCUUAUUUCCGGCGAAUUCGGCUAACUCGAACACGGACCUGGUGAUAAGACCUAUAGAUCUGAUAAAUCCACAGUUUCGACUAGGUCGCCUGACGUACAGCAUGCCUCAGAAGAUCGAGACGUCGUCGCGCGAUAACUACGAAUCCCUGAAGACGCAGUACCGGCUGUUGCAGACUGAUCUUGAUUAUUUCUGGGAUAUAUGGCACAAGGAAUACCUCGCCGCGCUCGCAGAACAACAAGCGACGCGCACCCAGAAGGGCUGCGGUACCAAAAGGUCGCCGCGCGUAGGAGACGUAGUACUAAUAAAAGAACAGGAUUUAUCAAGAUCUAGAUGGCCGCUUGGCCUCAUCCUGCAGUUACACACCUCACCCGACGGCAAUGUAAGAUCAGCCAGAAUUAAGAUUGGAAAGCGAAAGAUAGUGGACCGCGCACUCAAUCAUCUACUGCCGUUAGAGAUCAGUGCAGCAGACACAGAGGAUCUCCAGACGAACGCUCAGGAGCGUAGAGCGACACGGAUUCAAUCAUCAAGGACAGUGAAGGCAAAAUGA